AUGGUUAACCACAGAGUCACCUACCGCCGCCGCAACGGGUGGAAUACAUCUUCCAACAUCACCCGCACCGUACGCACACCUGGUGGUGAGCUCCGCGUGCUGCACAUCAAGAAGCGAGGCACCGUCCCCAAGUGUGGUGAUUGCGGCUCCAAGCUCUCUGGCAUUCCCGCUCUCCGACCCCGCGAGUACUCUCAGAUCUCCAAGCCCCAGAAGACCGUCCAGCGCGCCUACGGUGGUUCCCGAUGCGGUAACUGUGUCCGCGACCGUAUCGUUCGAGCUUUCCUCAUUGAGGAGCAGAAGAUCGUCAAGAAGGUGCUCAAGGAGCAGGAGCAGAGCCAGAAGAAGAAAUAA